UUUAAUCUUAGAGCACGUUGUUAAUGCUUUAAUAUAUUUCAAACAUCCUGGACAAGUGCAGACUGCUAGGUGCUUCCCGUGCACUCUCAUGCGCAACAGCUUAGAGAGAGUGCCCUGCUCAAAGUGGUUCAUGGCUUCGGUGCAGUUGCUUGCUGACCAAAAUGCUGCAUGAACAGACACACAGUGUCAGGUUCUCAUGAUAAGAGCCUGAUAUUUGUAAAUACCAAAUUAAUAAUUGUACAAAAUGUAGUAGUGCCAAACUGCUGGUUUCCGCAAACUUUCUGGAAAGUACUCGAGCUGCCUGUAUGUGUAGAAAAGAGAUAAAACCUAGAACAUUAACGAUUCUUCUAAUUGGGACCCGAAGCCCAUUAAGAAUGCAGUUAGCUUCCCGCUGCACAUGCAGGAACACACCCAUAUCAUUUUUAAGCUUUGAGAGCUGUUAUAACAGGUCUGUCUUUCCCUCUCAUCCCUACUCAGUAUAAAGGCUGAUAAUGGGAUCUCAAGUGAUUGCAAACCAGACUCCUUCUCUAUUUAGUGCAUGCGGAGUGUAAAGCCUCCCAGCCUUUUAGGCUCUUCCCCUCCUUUAAGCAGCUGGUAGCUAACUGAGGAUUGUUCACGUGUGAAAAGUUCCUCAGCUGAAUGCAAAGGAAAGUAGCACCCAGGUGCUAACACAACACUUAUUUUGCUUAUUAUCAGCAGUUGUGACAUAAACGUUAGCUGGAGGCAGAUUGGGGAUUGCUCCUUCAGGAGAUGGGACUGCUGUAAAAGCGAAGGAAAUGAAAUCUCAUGACUGGAGCUGGGUGAAAAUACUGCCUGCUUGAGAGCAGAGGGAGAGGACACAGGAAGAGGGACAGAGCGUUACAAACUGCAAAACUGAACGCUUCUUUGGCAUCUAAAAUCAAAUCUAAAUUAAUAAAUAAUUCAUCAAUGUUGAAAGUAUCUUUAAAACAAAAUAAUAAAGCAUUAGCUCUGGCUUUGAGCGUGGAGAAAGAAAGUUCUCGGAAGCUGAAGAAUGAGAGGAUUUUUCUUCAGAAAGAAGUAGAGAAGCUGCAGCUUCAUAAUAUCCUGCUUCGUCGAAAACUAAGCUGUUUGAAUAAAACUCUUAGAGAAAUAGGAGCAUUUUUGAGUGAUAACCUGUUAAAUGCAAUAGAAAUAAGCAGUCUUUCUGAGAAUCUUCAGAGUUCUUUUCCUCUGUCAGACAGUCCACGUAGCUGUACUGAUGACCAGGUGAAGAGUAUGUGUCAGUCAGCAAGAUCUGUAGAAUUGCCGGUGAAGCUUCCUUUACUUGCAACAUCUGCUGGAAAACAGCAAGAAAAUCAGUUUUGCACAGAACUAAGCAGUAAUAGCACGUUCCUAACUCAUGUCAAUAAUGUACAACCUCUAAGACAGUCUGAGGAUUUCACAAGACAAGAUGAUAGUUCAUUGCCAUUCUGUGGAAAUGUGACUGAAAGAAAGAAAUGUGCAACACGUUAUGGGUCAAAAACACAACUUACUGUAAAGGAUUCUGGUAGAAAAUGUAGCUCAAAUCUUCCUCCUCAUGGUAGCAGCAGCAGUGAGGUGAAUGUGAAGGAAAGUCCAAGUGAUUUGCUUCGCAUUAUUCCUUCACAACUUGAUUUUAGCAGUGAAUGUAAGCAGAUGCUUCCUAUUGAUGGGAUAAAACCUGAAGAAACUGUUUAUGAUGCUGAUAUGGAGUUGACUGCCAGCGAUGAAGGUGAACUGCUCACAGUUGCAUCAAAAGACAAAUUACAUAAAAAUAAUAAUGCCAGUUCUGGUAAAGUACUGGCAAAUUUCAGAAAAGUAAAAUAUUCUAAAAGUGAGAAAGAGAAAAUUAAAAACAAGACUGAAGUCAAUUCAAAUUUUUAUGCAGAAGAAAACCAUGUUAGGGCUGACAGUAACAUUUCAAAUAUGACUGACCCACAAACUCAGCUAUUCCAAAGUCAGACAGAACAGCUACCUACACAGAAUUCUACAGUGAAACAGAAUUUACUGAAUACCAAUAACUGUAAUCAAAACCAGAAUUGUCUAAGUAAGGAUAAAGAUACUAGAAGAACAUACCUAGUUAGCUUAGUGCUUCAAGAACAAGAAUCGAAUAAAGAAAAUUCCUCAGAAACAUUGGAAGAUGUGGAAAACAAAAUAAUAAAAGCAUCAUCAAGCUUAUCUAGUAGUGAGAUUCCACCUCAAGUUUGCUGUGCUGAAAGCUUGGCGUUCCAGGAUAACAGCUCUACUGUACCACCUUUACAGCAGGACUUUCCACAUGAAAACAAGAACAGUGUCAGACUGCUGAGAAAUGGGAAGACCUUUCAAAACCCUUCAAAAAUGAGUACAGCUAAGCACUGUAAAGUUGAUAAUGGGAAGUAUGAAGAAUAUGGUUCAAAAGAGUCUCAAACAGACAGGUGCAAAUGUGACAGCAAGAGAAAACAAUACCAGAAGAAUAUUAUGAAGAGCAAAUGCAACAAAGAAGGUGGUUACAGACAAAGAGAAACUGAAAAUGACAGUGUUAAUAAUAUUAUUCAAAAAGUAGAUCAAAAGAGUGGUAAUUUUUCACCAGGCAGAUUAAAACACACGUUGGCAAAGGCUGCACGUAAAGCAUAUGUAGUACCAACUAAAGAUCUUACUACGUUCUCGCUUUGCAAAAGGGAAGAAUUAGAAAAUAAGAAUGCAUUGUGCACACAGGCUGUUCAUGGAAAUAAAAUACCUGAAACCCAGCAAUCUCAAGGAGCUUUAGUUGCUCAGAAUGGUAUGGCAAUGAAUAUACCACAAGCUAAAGCCUCCACAGGAAAUGUUGACAGCAACGCUGAUAAGUUAAAGAAAGCAGAUUCCUCAUCAGCAGCAUGUGAAGAAUCUAACAUUAGUAAUUCUUGUGACAAUCAAGUGAAAGAAAAAGGGAGCCUUAGUUCUGGUAUCAUGGAGAGCAGACAAAAAAAGAAUUAUUUCAGGCAUACUGAUCAGGGACAGCUGACUUUUUUGGAUGACCAGGAAGUCUCUCAUGAGAUGGAUUCCUUUAUGAACAAGUUAAAGCCCACAGUGCAAAAAUUAGAAAUUUUAGAAUCCUUACCUGUUGAUUGUUCUAAGAAUAUAACAGUCAGUACAGGUAGCUUUUUCCAGAAAGAUUUUUCUGAAAUGAAGCCCACAGCUCUUGAUAAUCUUAAUGCUUCUACAAACUCUAUACUGAAAAAUUCAGAAAUUUCAGGAAAAAACGGUCGAGAUAAAGCAUCGGUUUCUGGAAAAGCAAAGCAAAAAUCAGAUCAUAUUUCUAAAGAGAUUUCUGAAAAAACUUUGACACGUUGUCAUGGGAAAACAGCUUUGCAAGAUGUGACAAAUACUAGUGAGUUUUCUCACACUUCCUUACCUAAAUCCUCCCAGAUUUUAGAAGAAAACUCAGCAGAACCAGUGAGACGAGGAAGAGCUGCUAUUUGCUACAAAGAACCCCCUCUAAACCGAAAAUUAAGACGUGGGGAUCAGUUUACAGAUACACAGUUUCUGCACUCCCCAGUCUAUAAAGUAAAAAAGAAAAGAAGCUUUAAAAGUAAAUCAAAAUUUAUUUGAAGAAGACAAGAGAAUUGCCUUUAUGAACAGCACUUCUGAAAUGGUACUUUUUUUUUUUCUUCCAAAAAACUAUGGUUUAGUAGUAUAGGAUGCUUAUUGUUCUUCAAUAGAUAAACAGAAAACAAAGACUGCAAAAUGGAAUUUCUCAGAAAAGACCCACAACACAAAGGACAUAGAACUCUUCACCAAAGAAAGCAAAUUCAGGUUAGAAUCCAGUCUCGUGUUCUGAAUUUUUGCUCAGUAGUUUAUAAUCUUUUCAAAGUAUUUGCAGCACUUAUUAAUUUGUAAGAAAAGUGUAAGUUUUAAUGAGAAUUAAAAACAAUCACGUUUGGGAAUUACUGUGAUUUCUUUGUAUAUACUAUGAGCAGAGUAAUUUAUCAGUGCUAGCUGGAGCAGAUAUAAGCAUCCUAAAUAUAGGUGCAGAGAGCCUUGGGUGUGGUUGUUUUUUCUUUGGUUUGUUUUGGUUGUUUUUUUGUUUGUUUGUUUGUUGUUGCUAUUAGUUGUUGCUUUUAUCUGACAGAGUCACACUGAGAUCUGAAUGAGGAGAUCUCAUUUUUAGGAAUUGUUGAAAGAAACCCAGUAUCAUGCAUAUGGCUCAUAGGCAAUGCUCGUAGCAAUGCUUUGAGUUUCCAGUUGAGACUGUGCUACUGUGACAAAUACUACAACCAUGCCAUAGCACUCAGCUAUCAGUUUUUAGACCAUUUCCCCUCUGGACCCUCAUCAGUCACUUCUGCAUUCUGUUGUGCCUUGUCAUGAGACAAACAACUUUUGGGUGAUAUCUAAGUUCUAAAUGCUGCCCCCAUAACCUCUAUGGAUUAUUUUGGAUAGGGUUCAGAUUCGUUUUGGAACCAAGAUCAUUUUAUCUCAUUUUUAAUGAGACACAAAUAAAGUGAUUCUUAGCACAGUAUUAAUCAGACAAAUUAAUGGAAGAAAAAUCCAUGAGGAAUUACUGGAAAUGCUGUUUUUAAGGUUAUUCACUCUUGAAACCCUUCACAGACUGAGCAGUUCUACAGUAAGCUAGACCUUUGAUCUCAUCUGGUAACUCUUGUAUUUAUAAAGUUUAAAAAACAAACAAAAAUCAGUACUCUUUGUACUUCAUUGUAGCUUUUCUAGCAUUGUAACCUGGGUAAGUGAGAAAAUUCUGGUUUCUGUAUAUUUGAAAGACAAAGUGUUUGAGAAUAGUCAGCAUGGAUUUACGAAGGGAAGAUCAUACCUGAUUGAGCUGAUAACCUUCUGCAAUGUGACCAUUAGCGUGGUGAGGGAGGGGACAGCAGUGAAUGUUUUUUACCUCUACUUCAGUAAGGCUCUUGGCAGGAUUCUCAACAGUCCUUUUCUUUCUGAAGUGCACUUUGCAUGUUGCUACACUGGUAAAUCAUUAUGAAGAGGUGAGGUAAUGGAUGGAAACAUAGAUUCUAUCUUGAUCCAAUACUAUUAAAGAAAGAACUACAUACACUGCUAUACGCUUCUUCACAUAUCAACAUCGCUAGCUGCAUCAUUAGAAAUCCAAAAGAAGCAUCUGUUACAACUUGUAUUCCCCAUACUGGCACUGCAGCAGCGAAACACAGUAAUUUCAUUUGUUUGUCCUAAAUGGUUAUUUCUCUCUAUUGCCUAUGGUUUGAAAACUAAAAACAGAAGUCCAGGUUUCUUUUCUUGGGG